GUUCUGUCGUCAUGCAAAGUAUGGCCUCUUCGCCGUUUUAUCUUCUGCUUGUUGCAAGUCUGAAUUUUCUUUCGUCGGACACUAAGCCCAUUAGUUUAUUGGAUAACGGUAAGUUACAGUGGUUCUAUAGUGAAUUAUUAAUUUGCUAUCGAUUCAAAUGAUUACCUAAGAUUCCCUGACCUCUUAGAUCACCUAAAGAAUAGACUCAUGCAAUGUGCAAUCGUGUACAUUGCCUACGCAUAUUUUUAAAACUCCAUUUUUCCUUGUAGUGUUAAGUGUCAAAAAGAAUAUUAAUCGUAUCCAUGAGACAGAAAGCUUUAUUUAUUUUUCUAUAUUUUCCGCACGAGAAAUACCGUCUUUGAAACCCAUUCCCUCGGGUGCUGUAGCCCCGAGGGGCACUCCCGUAUGUGCCGCUGAAUUCAAGGUCUUGAGUCUUCUUGCGUGACGACCGGAAAUACGUCUGUGUCCUCAGGCUAUGAUUCUUCCGGAUUCGCACCAAAUUUUUUUUUCUAAAAACAUCUAAUUGCAUGAUGUUAGUUUAAAAAAUUAUUAAUCUAAAUUACGUUAUUCCGUAUGGGAAACAAAACGAAUUAGGGUCAUCACUGUCUCCUCGAAAGUGUAGCGAAAUGCAUGAUUUUUUUUCUAAACCGAGUAAAACGGGACCCUGCUCUAAAUACGACUUCCUUUCCUCUUUUUUCGAAAUGGCAAAGUAGAACUUAGUCAAAAAAAUGAAUUUAUUGACCCUGGAUUAACCUUGGUUUCAAGAGGGUCAAAAACGUGAUGAGCAAAAAACGUGUUUUCAUGAUCAUCCAUCCCGGGAGAGGCAGUCUUCAUAUCAGUGUAAUCGUGUCGGCCUACGCCAAUGUUUACUGAUGUUUAGUGGGGCAAGAAAGAACGGGCGCGCGCCCGUUCUUCCCUGCGCCCACCACUUCCAAGCGCCUGCUACGCAGGCUACAGAUCUUUCUUCACCUAACUUGUAAUUCAAACCGAAACUCAAUCCCUCUUAUAAUCUGCUCACCCCUAACGCCCACUCUUGUCUAGGCCAUGGGAUAGACUUGCCAUAUUUUAAAAACCGUUUCACUUCUAACCGCCUGGCCAAUAAAAUCCCCCCAAAAUUAAAUUUCGUUUGGUAAAAUCGUAAGAAAUAAAUGGUACCCUGUAAACGUUUUACUAAAUAGGUUUCAUUUGAAUACCAGCACCAUAAGAUUUCGCCCACAGACUCAAGAGAGCAUUUCCGAUUUGCCCAAAGUCUCUUUUUCAAAGCGAGCCUAAGUGCAAAGCCAUUGAUUUUUUAAAAUUUUAACAUCUCAUGGAAUACAAUGAAACUCUUUCUCACAAGAAAGGUUUUGGACUUAGCCUAUUGAAAGUGAAAGUUUAUGGAACUCGGCUGAAAUGGUCUAUCGUUGUUGGAUGUCUGGUCGCUACUGUCCGAGCCAGCCCCGGGGGGUGGUACUCUCGGGAAUUUUUAGUGGGGGUGUGCUGCCCGUUUCUCCGAAACCUGACCUUUUCAGACCAGACCUCUAAAAUCCUGGCCUUUGGGCAGAAAUUAUGUCAUCAUUACUUAAAUUAGAGUGCAAAAAAUUUCUUCAAAUGCGUUUAGAAUUCGCAUAUAUAUUUCUAUUGAGUCCUUCUUACUGAUUUGGAAUUGAAACGAUAAAUACGUUCAUACAUUCCCGUAGCUCCCUCGAAAACCAUACCCAAUUCCAGACCAAAAUGGUAAAAAUCUGUACCCGUUUUCAGACCAAAAAGGCCCCAAAUCCAUACCCUUUGGGGCGGCACAUACCCAUAUGAAUUAUAUGAGGGUAUACCCCCCCCCCAGAGCGAGCCAGAAAGGCACAAAUAAAGUACAGUCAAAGCCCGCUUUACGGACACCCGCUUAAUACAGAUACCUCAUUAUUAAGCUAGGCCAGUUUGGUUUGUCCCUGGGGAAAGAAAGCCCUUACAUUUUCUCUAAAUUCAAUCCGCUUAAUACGGACACUUUCAAUGGCACCCUCGGUGUCCGCACUAACUAGCCUGCGUAGCAGGCGUCGAAAGGGGUAGGAGAUAGGGAAAAAGGGAAAAAUGGAGGAGGGUCUCCCUCCUCCUCUACCUCCCCUUCUUGCGCCUGUCACGCAGGCCACGUACUAACGAGGUUUAACUGUAUCAUUUUAAAAUAUGAUCGGCGGGUGGGUUUUUUUUAUACUGUUCAGUCCGUUUCGUAUCAAUAACUGGUACAGUAGGUAAAUGAUGAUCAUAUCUUUGGCUUCCAGGCAAGCGGAUGGCAAGCACUGAUUUUAAUGCUGAAAUCGAGGAGAUUUCCAAAAGAGGUAAUUGCUUGUGUUUUAGAAGUCAUUAAUGAAUGUAAAGUGCAAAAAACAAAAAGAAGAAGAAGAAGUUUAUUUUAGGUGUGUGUUUGCAACGAUGAUCUGCCAUUGUGCAUCAACAAUGCAAAAGCCCUGACGUCAUAGAUCAUGUUUCUGCUUUUCUGAUUCCGUAUAAUACAGUAUCAAUCACAGACCGAGAAGUUCUGGUCAUCUGAGUCACAGAAUUUCAAAUCGUUAGGAAGAGGCAUAUGAAGCACUUAAGUUAUAUAAAUUUGUUUAACUUAAAUUGAAUUUGUUCAACCUUAAUUUGCAUGAUGUAUCUCCAAAAUACCGGUAAUUAAAUAAAAAUAUAUCUUGAAUUUUGAUUGGUUAUAUAUUAUUGCCUUGUAUGGAAAUGAAAACUUUGAUGCCUUAAUGAAAAAAUAAAUAAGAACAUAAUAGAUAGUUUUUUUUUAAUGUUUUUUUUUUUCGGGAGCUGAGUGAUUUACACCUAAUAUUAAUUUACAUCGCCUUUUUUUUUUCAUUUCAGAGUUUGAGACAGUUCAUGGCCGAAUUUUGGCCGUAAACAUGGCGCACUUAAGAAAGAAACGUCAGACAGCCGGGAAUGAAACAGAUGGCGAAAACACUUUUAAAGAGAUUGUAAAAGUCAACAAAGGUAUACAAAUCACUUGGCUCAACAAAUUUAUUUAACUACUGUUAAAAUUAUUUUACAAUGCCCUUAAAAACUUUGAUACUGCAUUAGCAUAUCAAUACCUAAAAUUGGCGCUUUUUUUCCCAUUUGUUUCAGAUUUCUUUGUUUGCCUUUUUAUUUAUACUUAGCAUGCAGUGUCUUUCAAUCAAAGUAGCCUCGUACGUAGUUUCUUUACAGUUGCAGAUUAGCUUUAGCUCAUUCCCUUUUAUCUUUCUAUUUUGGUUUUGUCACAGGUAGCCCAAGCUCGAAAUAUGAGCAUCGGCGAACAUCGGCAUUGUUGCGUAACGUUCGAAAUAUAAGGAUUUGUAUGGGGGAAAAAACCUAUCGUUUCUGUAACCUACGAAACUGACAGGAUUUCAAUAAAAAAACAGCUUACGUUAAUUAAAAUGUGUGUUAUGUUUCUCCCGAAAAAUCCUUAUAUUUCGAAUGUUACGCAACAAUGCCGAUGUUCGCCGAUGCUCAUAUUUCGAGCUUGGGCUGCCUGUGAUUUUGUAUACGCAGUUUUCUAACUGUUGCAGAUUAGUUUUAGCUCAGUCUGUUUUUCCUUUUUAUUUUAUUCUAUUUUUUAACGUAAUUGCAUAAAAAAGGAUGGCCUUUAGGAUACAUAAUUGUUGAACCUCUUUUGUUAAGGUUUUUUUUUAUUUUUGUUUCUUUGUAACAGAAAACAUAUCAGAUUUCUAUCAAGGUGACAUAAAGCUUGACCCCGAACUUGAGGACUACAUAAGAAAUGGCGGAAACUCACGGAACGCCAUACGGGAAAAAAAACGAGUAUGGAGCACCCGGAUUAUACCGUACUACAUUCCCUCCUACAUGAGUAUGUAUUUUCGUAGCACUUCUUCUGAGGAAAACAGGGAUGUAAAAUAUUUAGACUGCAAAACAGUCCUUAUUUUUGCGUAUUCAGGUACCCGCUAGUAUUCAGCCUGAGUAUCAGGCGUUUCUGGGGGGAAAAGGGGAAAGAUGGAAGCGAAAAAGGGAGAGAGCUGAAGGAGAGAAACGCCUGACACAGAUGCUUUUACUGGAGCCUUCCACCUCCACACAGCAUGAUUCGAAACCAUCCAAUCAAAAUCACAUCCGGUCAUUGGGUUGUCAGCUUAAAAUAAAUUUCACCAUACGGUCUUGCCGAGCUCCGGUGCUUGCAUUGUGUGGCAACGAUUUCGCUUUUUCUGAAACCUCCAAUUUAAUGAGGAGUUUUCGAAUACUUGUAAUGGAAAACCUGCCGUUUUUGAGGAAUUAUAACAUGCUUUAGGAAUUGUGAUAAUGUAAGAUCGCCAACGCUCUGUUUGUAAAUAAACGUGUGCCCGGAAAACUGUAAACUGCUUUUGUUUACAGAGUUACAACAGCGGCGCUCAUUAAUAAGCAGGUUCCUGAGAAUCUGGCAGCUAAAAAGCUGCUGUAAAUCAGGCCGAAAAUCGUCCGAGGGAAAAUCUAAAGACAAGCUAAAGCCUUGGUGCUGUCGGCUAUUCUCAAUACAUGGCUACCUCGCUCUAAUUUUAUUUACAGUAACAAUUCCCUUUUAGCGGCAGGAUGUUGUAAAUCAAAACUUAGAUAUCUGAAGCACUGAUAUCGUCUUCUUUGUCCUGGUCUAGCUUGCGAAACAUCCAUUUCUCCUCGCUCUUCGUUUCGCAGGCUAGUCCUGGUCUUGUGAAACCAAUACUCUGACAUAGUUUCGGCAGAAACUGGUAUAUGAGGCUUUUCCAUACUCCGAGAACAUCUUUCCUUUUAACUACGAGGCUCUGAAAACACAUUUCUUGCUCGGGUGUUAUUUUUAUUCCCGGAAAGAACUUGAGAGCGCCCUCUAGAGUCUCUUUGAAUUCCUCUCUGCGUCUCUAUCCAUAAAUCAAAACACUCUGCUCGUGUUUACUUGCGGUCAGUGACGUCAGGACGUAUUGUGUGUUAUCCAAUCACUGCCACAUCCAGAUUCUGGAUGUGUCACACGAUUUGCUGAAUGGUUUUGUGUCAGGCCUUCCUUUCUCUUCUCCCCCCUCCCCCUCCCUCAUCAAAAAUCUCGUCUCCCCUAUCCCCUUAGGAAGGCCUGAUACUCAGGCUAGCUAGUAUUCAAACAAACGGUCUAAAACGAUCCUGAAAAUGGAGAGUGAGACUGAGGGAGACGCUAAAAAUACACCUCACACGCCCUACGGGCGAAGAAAGACUCGCGCGCUUCGCGCGCGUAGGACUCUUACGCCACGCUUUACUGAUUUUAAGAAAAAAAGAAACCCGACUGUUUUGCAGUCCAAGUAUUAGCCAAUUCGCUACUCUACUUUUUUCCUAUCACGUUGCAUGUCAUCUGACUCCUAGUCCUCAUACCCCUUCUGCUAUUUCGUUCGUCUUAUUGUUUUGCUCACAGCCCUCGGGAACCAGUGCACAAACAGCCAUGAAAAUCCCUUUGCUUACUUGGUUACUCCCUAGAAUGCGUUUAGCUUGACCUUGUAACCUAAUAAACUCCGCCUGCAAGCUGUGUAAUAUUUGUCGUUCCACAAGAUCGUAGCUUCCUUACGCAAACCUUCUCAGGGCCUCGUCACGGUGGAGGCUAACAAAAUCGUUUUGCUUUAAAAGUGGCGGCGAUCAGUAUGCGCGAAACUCAGACUUAAUUUCUUUCUUAUUUAACACACAGGCCAUGUCAGGUCUAAAGUGUACAAAGCGAUUCAGGAAUUCCACAGUAAAACAUGCAUCCGAUUUCAAUACUACAACAGGGCAAUCCAUGGGGGUAACUACAUUCGAUUUGGAAACAGCGACGGGUAAGUUAUCGAAUAAAGCAAUCCAGAGGUGCGCUAUGUUUUCUUUCUUUGGUUGUUUUUUUUUUCUUUUUAAAUUUUAUUUUCUUAUCAGGAUUAAGGCACAAAAUAUCUUAAAAUAAUGACUCAAAAAAAGAUGCAAAUAACUUACUUUGCCUUAGAGAAGCGUGGAAGGUGGACUGAAUUAAAAGGGAAUUACACUGUUCACCUAUCAGCUGUCCAAUGAGAAUCCGCUUUCCCUUUUGUUUUCCCUACCCCACUCCCUCCCAUCCCCUCCCCCCCGCCCUUUCUUUGUCCUCCUGGUAAAACGCCCAUGCGGAUAGGAGUACCUAACAACCUUGUUCUUUGAAGUGAAUAACUGUUCAAAUAAGCAGAUAUAAAUAUUUCCUUGUCUAGUCCCCCUACGGCUUUCCCCAGUCCAUCUCGGUCAAUUCAAUUCGGUGACGUAUCCGAGGCGAAAGAACGGGAAACAACACAUCUUCGCUGGCACCACGUGACCCGAAACGCUUUGGCCGCGCAGAAUAAUGAGGCCUAGGGACUAAGCAAAAUAUUUCGUAGAAUUUUCUUAAGCCCGAGAAAGGCUAAAAAUUUCUGGAUAACCGCAGAUCAGGGCUUUUUUUUUCUCAUGUCCUCGACCUCUCGACCCGGACCCAUUAUGGUAGCUGACAGUUUCAGGGGAAAAAAAUCCAAUAACCGUAAAACUGUCAAGACUAGAAAAGUUCCCCUAGGACAUCCCAUUAGCCUGAAUUUCAUCCGAUUACUUCAAGUCGUUAUUACUCCCUCAGUAACGUCUCAAUCAAGCGGCCGUUAAUGCCGUCCAGUGACGUCACUACUCCUUGACCUUUGCUUUAAUUCAUGCAAAAAGUAAAACACGAUUUUCAAGUGGCAAACCGAGAAAUAUCGUUUGGAAAUGUCUGGAUGAUACAGAACUGCUUUAUUUUUUUCGAUCUUAAUUCAUGUUUAACGUUCAAACUAUCAACUGCAUGCAGUACAACUCUGAACCGGUUGUACUAAAUUCUAUAAUCAAACUCGGUCGCAAUCACGCAAUGAAAUAAACACACACACGGAACACUUAGUUCAAAAACACAAUGAUUUGCUUUAAUUAAAAAAAAGCUAUUUGGUCCUUAAAUAAGAAAAAAAAAAACAAGGACACAAGAAAGAAAAGCUAACAGAAUCAUUAUACUUGACGGUAAAAACAGCAAGAAGGUCGAAUUAUAACAUUGAUUUCAGAAAACUUCGAGUAAACAAAAUCACCGGCCGCCGAAACCACAAAGCGGCUCUAACUGAAAAACCUACCGACUCUCCGCAAUGAUUCUUCAUUCGCAGUUCAAUUUAGCGUUUCAGUUUCGAAGACAAGGGCAAUUUUGCUGUUUAAGAUAAAGAUUAAGCUUAUCGAAAUGCUUGAUCUAAACGAAAGAAUGCUAGGGAUGCGAUCCGCUGAAUAUCAAGCGACAAUCCCGCUAAAAUUUUUCAUAAUUAUACAUAAUUAUGCGAAUGUUUAGACAAUCAACCAAUCAAAAUCACUACCCGGUUUUCGGGUAGUGAGUGACGUCACUGGACGGCAUUAACGGCCGGUCGAUUCAGACGUCGGAUGAACUUCAGGCUAACAUCCCAUUGGAUAAAAUAGUUUUUAGAGCAGCUCAGAAUUAACCACUCCGGCUUCUAAAUCAUUGAAAGAAAACCAUUUAAGAAACUUCUAAAGUUUUUUUCUUCAUCUAAGCGUUUUUCAUCAUUUUAGGUGUUCAUCAAAGGUGGGAAAGCAUUAUGCUCAAAGCAGAUUUCAAGAAAUCUCCCUUGCUGAUGGCUGUGAUAACGUGCCAACGAUCGUGCAUGAAAUGAUGCAUGCAAUAGGUAAUUUUUCUCUCGCGUUUUUAUGCGAUGGAAAAAAGAUCACAGUCUGCCCUGGUCGCAUGUUCUCGCUAGGCGUUCGAAGUUUGCAUGCGACACUACAAUGUGAUCUACAGUACAUGGUUUUCGGGCUUGUAGCCAGCUUUUCAACUAAUUGUAGGCUUGGCUGGCUUUCAUUUCCACCUAUCCUGAAAAUUGUACGCAUGGCUAGUACGCAGUGACCUCACUAACACUUUUAGCUCUUAAUAUAAUUUUUUUUUAGCUCAACCCAACAACGCAUAAUUUAUUACAAACAGUAGACUGGUCAAACCAAAAAUUUGUAGGCCCAGGCCUUCAGGUCUAUAGGCUGGCUACGCCCCUGAUUUGAGUUGUAAUUACUUUUGAAGAGCGUUAUAAUUAUCCUCUCUUGCUUAGCUUAAAUGCACUCCGCUACAAAAAUUUUCUUUUUAACGCAGGUGAACCAAAUUGUGUAAUGUGAACGAUUCACGGCCGUCUACAAAGGUAUUACUAAAGAGAGAAUGGGUAGCGGGAACGGGGAACUGCAAAAAAGAAAAAAGGGAGAAUAAGCAACGAAGAUACUGACAGGGGUAGGAUUUAAAUUACCUUUUGUUCCAUUUGUUCCUGGGUUCGUUCCCGUUCUUCGUUCCUCGUUGUAGUAAAGUCCUGUCGGUAGCCAUGCCAGUAAAUACGUAUAGGCAAUAGCAUGAUUUGUAGUGAUAUUUGGCAAAAUAACCAUCAGUGAUAUUUCAAAAUUGUUAAACGUAAUUUCACGAGCCAUUAGGCGAGUGAAAUUUGAGACAAUUUUGAAAUAUCACGAGUGGUAUUUAUGCCAAAUAUCACGUACAAAUACUACCCGCAAAAGGUUUGUAUUUUUCACGUGUAGGUAUUUCAAAUUAAGCUGAAAUACCACUGCUGUAAGCCAAUCAAAUUGCAGAAAUUUCUCAUGUGGUAGUAUAUAGGUAGUAAUCAGUGCCGGAUCUAGAAUUUUUCGGCCCUUGGCGCCUCAGUUUGGUCUAAAAAUAAGGGGGGAGCCGGGCCCCCCCGAGCCACUCCCUUGGAUCCACCAGUGGUAAUUUAGAUCCAGUUGUAUAUAGCAUCUUUCAUAUCUGCUUCAGGUUUCUUCCACGAGCAAGCAAGAAGCGAUCGAGAUAAAUAUGUCAAGAUCUAUUGGGAGAACAUUCUACCUAGUAAGAUAUUGCAUACAGUAGUGAAUCAUACUUACGUUGUGUUAACUGGCCAUCAGUGACAGACGGCAAACUAUUGUUGCAAACUGAAAGCUAAAAAGGUCUAUUUAUUUUCGACGACACGACUUUUCACUCAUAGCUUUCAGGUACGUCAAUUGAAAAUAUUGGUUUGUUUAAACUAGUACUUUGAAGUCUACGUGAUGUCUUUAGAAGUGUUCAGACAUCUAUUCUGACUUCACUAACACGACACAAGGAACAAUUCUCGUGCCAAAGCCAUAAAUAAUCCUAAACUCUCCCUCGAAUUCCCCGCGCCCCUUAACCGUGCCGUUAGAAUUCUAUUUAUUUCUGUCCAAUUCGUUCCCAUGUCUCUCAAACGUCAGAAAUUACAUUUUUUGGCAUCUUUCACCAUUGCUGGGGUCGCAUGUACUUUCCAAUUAUUAUAGAAUACAUCAAAAAAGCGCUUUUGAAUUUUAGCAUGAUGGAGUAAUAUCAUGAAAUGUGCACAAAUAUGUCUUAACAAGAAAUACGUUAAGCCAAGUGUGUUACCUACCUACCCACUCUACCUACCUUAUCUACCCAAUUUUGUUUUAUUUUAGAGUAUAAAGACCAGUUUGACAAAUAUUCGUGGAGGACUCUGGAUAAUUUGGGUGUGUCCUACGAUUAUCAGUCCGUCAUGCAUUAUGAUAGAAUGGCAUUCACCAAAAACGGCAAACCCACCAUUGUAGCCAUUGGAAACGAGAACAUGGAAUUUGGCGCUCCAAAUAACCUUCUAAGUACCAGAGACGCAGUCGAAAUCAAUGCUUUAUACAAUUGCAGAAGUGAGUAGUUAUGUUCUAAAGUACUUUAUUAUAUAGGUACUGAUGAAAUACCAGGACAAAAAAAUCAUAUCUUCAUCGCGGGCAGUGAAGAUACUAUUUUUAUCUUUCACGUGUGAGGAUAUUGGUGUCGCCAUGGUUACUUACAUGAUUAGCCAAUUACAAGAGAGCUUCCCGUUUUUAAUAAAGUUUUAGAAGUUUUCAUGAAAAACUGAACUUCUCCGGACCCUGUGGAACAGGCUAAACUUUUUUAUUUUCUCAUUGGUUUAUUGAUUAAGGCUUAGUUCACAUACCGGAGAGCUUUUCGUGUCGCCACUCUCUUCUCCGCAGAUGAGCUUCAAGUUGUGUUUUAUGUAGGAAUUUCAUCAGUAUCCAUAAAAUAAACAGAACAUUACAUGGCCGCUUGGGGACACGAAUUUUAUCUAUCGUUAUCAUUAUCAUUAGUAUUGUUAUUACCAUUAUAAUUAUCAUUAUCAUUAUCAUAAUUAUUUUUUAUGUUAGAACUUACCAAUGGUUGGUCUUCCUGGUCUGGAUGGACUCCCUGUGACGAGAAGUGCUAUCGCACACGUGAGAGAUUCUGCAUUAAUUCGGGAAACCAACAAGCUUGUGGUGGAAACGUUAAUGUUUACGGCGUAGAAAAAGAGAGGUUCAAGUGUCCAUCUUCGAUAUGCCCUGGUAAAUAACAUUUUCUAACAAACAACUAACUUCUGAUAUAAUUGUCAUGACUUCGUCUUAUUUUUGAGGCUGUCCUAGAAGUGUAGAGUUUAUACAGCCAACGAUCAUCCUUACUGUGUUCUUCUGUGAAAACAAACAAAUAGACAAACAGCUAUCGACAAAGUUUAGGGUCCUUGAUAGUUUCGAAAACGCUUAAGCCUUCGGUCCACACGUUAACGGUGUUUCGGGUACCAAAAAUGCAGGUUCAUGGAAAUGGUCUCCAGAGUUUAAUGGUCCCGCCGGUUUAUCCUUUUGGUGUGGACGGAAGAAAACGGAGGUUUUCGAAUACGAUGAUGUCAUACAUCAUACAGCGCAUGCCCUGUAUGGUAUGCUAUCGUUUUUCCAUUGUUUUAGCGUUUCUGUUUGGACGGGCGAAAAUGAUUUUUCGAUAACGGAAAGAAAUGUCCGUUUUCUAAAAUAUCCGGAUACGUGUGAACGAGACCAAACAUGAUUUGAGGAAAAUGCUUAUGCAGGGGGCAAGGAGGUAAACAAAAUGUAUUAUGGGCGAUAUGAAAUGAAUAAAAUGACAAAGGGCCCAGUCAAACAUAAAUAACUCAUCAAGCAAACGCUAACUUGACUUUCUGUUACGUUAUAUAGCUCCUAUCGACGGUCAUUGGGGUCGUUGGUCGAACUGGAGCCCCUGCAGUAAAACUUGCAACGAUGGCGUCAAAACUCGAUUUCGAAAAUGCGACAACCCACCACCGGGACAUAAUGGAAAACAGUGCCCAGGCUCUUCAAAUGGGGAGGGAAUGUGUAUCUUGAAGCGUUGCAAUCUUGGUGAGAGUCAAAUACACAUUAAGGGCCUGUUUGAGGUGAGCCAGUACGGUUAGCCGGGCUGGCCCUCUUCAUUACUUAGAUCGCUCGGCUAAAGCCUUGUUUCCUAAGAAAUUAUCAUUGUGUUUAUUUUAAGAAGGCGGGCUGGCCCAGCUUACCAAGAUCCCGGUUGUUCGAGCCAGGAUCUCGACAAGCCGGCUAGCCUGCUUCCUCAUAUAAUCGCGACGAAAACUUAAAGAGGAGAUAAAAGCAUGAGCUGAGCCAGCCCAGUAUCAUACGUGUAUGCAAGCCCGGCUCAUCUCAUAUAAAUAGACCCUAAAUUGUAUUUUGCCUUUGUUUCAAACUCAUUAACAUUUGUGUUUUGGUAUGGGUACAUGUAGGCCGAACGUCGUUUUCCUCGCCCGUUUACUACCAGCGAGCUCAAGAAACCACGGCGUAGACUACGGAAGUGAGAAAAUAAAAAAUGCAACAGGCUUAAUAAGUAAAACAAAAACUCUGAACUUGCAGUAGGGCUUUUCGACAGAUUUCUUUACCGUCAUCACACGACUAACGUUGUCAAACGUCAUCGGAGUGGCAACUCGGCGAUCCUCGCUUUCAUCUCUAAGAUCGUCGUUUGAUUAAACGGGAUCGUCGCGACUUCGAUUUCGUCGAAAAUAUCCAUAUUAAGUGUCACAUUUAGUGCCAUACUCAAAAGCAACAGAAUUAAAAUUUGAACUAAGAAAACACUUCAAUCGCUUGUUUAAAACGCCUGUAUUGGCACAGGUUAUUCUCGAAACAUCUUUUCAUAUGAUGUUGGUGAUCUUUUUGGAUGUUACGAUUGCUUUUUAAAACAUUGUCCUAUGUGGCCAAGAGGGUCUUGGAUUCUGGAUUCCACGCCAAGAAUUCAGGAUCGGAUUCCAGGUACUGGAUUCAGGAUUCUUUGUCAGUGGAACUUGGAUUCCAAUCGUUAGUGGGAUUCCGGAUUCCUUGAGCUGUAUUCCGGAUUCCAAUGCCAAAGGUCCUCGGAUUCCGGGAUCCGAAUUCCCUUACAUGGAGCAAAAAACAAGUAGAUAAAUAAACAAGUAAAUAAAUAAUGAGCUAAGUAAAUCUACCCAUACGAGAGAAUUUUACAGCUUGCCAUUUAUUUACCCGAGUGUUCUUCCAUCGUCUCAUUUUUACAGAUAAUGACGAUGCUGACUUUGAGAAUGGCCGCCUUGGGAUGUGGAGCAAUUCUAAAAGUGACAACUUAGAUUGGAGGUUUCAUCGGUCCUACACGCAAACUAUUAAUACUGGACCUAGUGCUGAUCAUACUACUGGACUAGGUUUGUAUUUUUGCAUUGUCUCUAAUGGGCGCAUAUAAGCAAGAAAACAUGUACAAAAGAAACAAAUACGGCCUCAGGCCCCGACGGAUGACGCCCUCUUUAGAUCAUACUCAGCCUCAUUCACUAAUUGCUAAAUAAACUUCCCAAGGGAGAUAACACAUUUUAGUAAAAUCCAACUAGUGGUCUAUUAACAAUGCUGCGUUUUGAUUGGUUGAGCUACUAUUAGGCUAUGUGUUAUAACCCAGUAAUAGCGAAAAGCGCCGGGUUUUUGGCGGCAAAAAAAUUAAGGAUUAAAGUCUAGGUUUAACUAGCUAAAGUUGUUUUGUCUCGAUAUUUUUCACCAACUAGUUGGAUUUUACUAAAACAAUUAUUCCUAUCGCCCUGGUGGCCUCGGAGCGCAUUCGGGCUCGAGGGAUAAUUGUUAAAUAAGUCAAUGUAUAAUACAAUCAACUUGACAUCUUCAUUAAGGUUUCCUCUGAAGAGGGUCUGAAUGGAGGUACCUCGAUAACAUUACACGCUUCACUUUUUGACUUUGUAACAUCAAACAGUUAAAUUUUGGGCAUUUUAACACUAGCGGUAAAAUUUUCUUUGAAAGAGUAAAUUUUUUACGGAAAGAAGCAAAAGCGGCUCCAAAAAGGCCAAUAUUAUUUUGUUUAGUAUAUCAAGGAGUUUUCGGCCAUUUUACGACAAUUCCGGAUUAUUUCAGAAGAUUUCCGAAGGCUACCGACGAUCCCCCGAAGACUGUCAAAGAUUUCCGAGGACUGUCGAAGAGGUCCGACCAUUGCCGAAGAUGCCCGAAGAACCCUCCAAACACUUAACAGUAUUUUCUUUGAAAACAGCAAACGUUCAAAAUUGGCCAAUUUAACAGCAAACACUAAAAAUUAUGGGCCAAUAAUACUGAACAUUAAACCCCAUUGAGACCUUCUUUAAAGCGCAUUUCUGUCAUCCGGAUUUACGUGUAUUGAAAGCCGUUUCCCGUAAGAAAUAAACAAAUAAAUGAAUUGGUGGUUUCAAAAAUAACCGGAUUCGUGUGGAGGGGGUCUAAGUGGCUGACGAGUGGCGUGAAAAGGAAGCGCGUGAGGUCACACGCCAGUACCAGUACCAGUACCACUACUACUACUACUAGUACUACUACUAGUACUACUACUACUACUACUACCACUACCACUACCACUACCACUACCACUACCACUACCACUACCACUACCACUACUACUACCAGUACCACUACCAGUACCACUACCACUACUACUACCACUUUGUUUCCACCCACUACCACUGAAAAUACGUGAUUCUACUACUACUACUGUACUACUACUACUUUUCUACUGCUACUACUACUGCUGUUUUGUUUUACUACUUUUUGAUACUGUCACUACUACUACUACUACUGCUACUACUACCACUACUGCCACUGCUGACUGCUACUACUACUACGACGACGACGACGACGACGACGACGACGGCGACGACGACGACUACGACUACGACUACGACUACUACUACUACUACUACUACUACUACUACUACUACUACUACUACUACUACUACCACCACUACCACUACCACUACCACUACCACUACCACUACCACUACCACUACCACUACCACUACCACUACCACUACCACUACCACUACCACUACCACUACCACUACCACUACCACUACCACUACUACUACUACUAUUUUUUCAACUUUGUUUUCCCUAAAUAUUUGAAUCAAUUUGGUUUACAAUAUUAUUGAGAUAUAUAAACAGGAGAACUAGGUAGCUAGAGUGAUUCUACUUAAGCAGUGAACUAGUUGGUAGAAUACCACGCACUAUUAUGCACUAAUUCUAUUGUCUUCUUUUUUUUGUAUUUGAAGUUAUUUUGCUUUACUUGUUGUUAUUAACUGUGUCACGGGUCAAGUAAAAUCGCUGAUUUGCAAAUCUGCUCACCCUCUCCUCUCCUUAUUCUAAAUAUAGCCUGGGUAAAUAAUUGCCGUUAACGUUAGUUUAGGGGAGGGUUCGGUGGGACGUUUCCCAGUUUUUAAAAUUAUACCGAUCCAAACAGGAUACUACCUUUACGUGGAGUCUUCAGGAACAAGACCUGGCGACAGAGCUGAGUUAGUGAGUCCGUGGCGGUCGGGGCUACCUGGCGGACAGUGCUUGAAGUUUUACUACACGAUGUAUGGCAAAAACAUGGGAAGUCUGGCCGUCAAAUUGACGUUAUCUAACGGAAAGAACUGGUACAUUUUUUACAAGCAAGGGGAUCAAGGCAAAGAUUGGAAAAAGGGAAUAGGGAACAUAGAUCCUCCGACGGGUUUACGUUACAAGGUAAGUAGAUAAGGGAAUGGAGACCAUAGAUGCUCCGACGGGUUUAAGUUACCGGGUAAGUUUGUGAGGGAAUGGGGAACAUAGAUCCUCCGACGGGUUUACGUUACAGGGAAAGUUGAUGAGAGAAUGGGGAACAUAGAUCCUCCGACGGGUUACGUUACAGGGUAAGUAGACAAGGGAAUAGAGACCAUAGAUCCUCCGACGGGUUUACGUUACAGGGUAAGUUGAUGAGGGAAUGGGGAACAUAGAUCCUCCGACGGGUUUACGUUACAGGGUAAGUAGACAAGGGAAUAGAGACCAUAGAUCCUCCGACGGGUUUACGUUACAGGGUAAGUUGAUGAGGAAAUAGAGACCAUAGAUCCUCCGACGGGUUUACGUUACAGGGAAAGUUGAUGAGAGAAUGGGGAACAUAGAUCCUCCGACGGGUUACGUUACAGGGUAAGUAGACAAGGGAAUAGAGACCAUAGAUCCUCCGACGGGUUUACGUUACAGGGAAAGUUGAUGAGAGAAUGGGGAACAUAGAUCCUCCGACGGGUUACGUUACAGGGUAAGUAGACAAGGGAAUAGAGACCAUAGAUCCUCCCACGAAUUUACGUUACAGGGUAAGUAGAUAAGGGAAUGGGGAACAUAGAUCCUCCGACGGGAUUACGUUACAGGGUAAGUAGAUAAGGGAAUGGGGAACAUAGAUCCUCCGACGGAUUUAAGUUACAGGGUAAGUUGAUAAGGGAAUGGAGAACAUAGAUCCUCCGACAUGUUUAUGUUACAGGGUAAGUCAUCGGAAUUUCUUAAUCUCCGUUGUUGCGGAUAAUCGAUCGAGAUCUGAUUAAGCUAAAAUGAAGAGACAAUUGACCAUAACGUGCUUAAUUUAGUCAUUCUCUAGGAAUAGACGGAUUUAACGCUUUUAGAUUUGAAUAUCCCUUUGGUUAUGAAAAAAGCCAGCAGUUUUAGAGGGACUUAUCAUUGGGACAAAACCCUAUAUGGGUGAGGGGCUGUCAUUCCUUCCUUUCCAAAUCAUAAUUUAGCUUAGUUUCUAGAACACCGAGUCUAAUUUUUUUUACAUAUUUUUCGCAGCUUUCAAUAAUAGGGAAAAUGGGGAGAGAGACUGGAUAUGCAGACAUUGCCAUUGAUGAUGCGUACAUCGACCCUGGAUUAUGCAGUAAGUUGUAAAACAAAUGUCUACUGAUGUCUACGUUUAACUAAGCCCCAGGUAUAUCCUAUAUGCGUGGGGAGGAGGGGAGGGGCGGGGGGUAGUUUCCUUCUGUACCUCUUGCCUCCCUUAAGUGGUACAUUACUAUGGUCGUUAUAGUAGUAGUAGCUGUAGCAGUAGUAGUACGUUGCUAUGGUGAAAGGUUAUCUUUCAAACGUUCAUUUUUCCAAACGUACUUUUUAACUCCGUGGAAAGCGAGAAGGGGGAAGAGAAAGUUACGACAACUCACGUUCCUAACCUUGGUGGGGAAUUUAAAAGUGUAAGUGUAUGUCCGAGGGAUAUAGUAGAUGUCUAUAGAGAGGAGAAGUCGUUACGUCACGUUGCCAUGGUAGCAUCAUUUCUGGAUGUCAACAAACCAAACGUCACUUAAAAUGUGGAUUCGCACCGUUUCAAACUUCAUCGAGCUUACUUAAUUUCAUCUACUUUGUCAAAUGUUGGCGAAAUUUUUUGGGUUAAAUCCGAAAGGACCUUAUCUAAGGUUUGGAGAAAUAUACAUUUUUGUGUUGUGUUCACCGAUUCCAUAAAUCGGACGCGUGAAAUUAGGAGGUUUCAUGUCGCAGUUGCGCAACAACGGCUACGGGUGAUGCACGUGCAAAGUUGUUCUUUGGCCAAUCUAAACCUAUUGCUUUUUUGCUGUUCGCCCUCGCCGUUGCAAAAAACUUCCUAUUGUUGUGAUCCACAAAUUUCGCUACCAUGGUAACAUGUCAUCACACCUCUCCUCUCUAUUGAGAGCAGUGGAAAAGUUAGCCUGUUCCAAGCGUUCAGAUACUGGAGAGCGGUGCGGAGUAAAGAAAGCGAUGAAAAGUGGAGGGGGACUUCGCACCGCUCCCCACUAUCUGAACGCCUGUAACAGGCUAUGGAAAAGUUAAAACAUCUUAGGCUUUGUCUAGGGGAGGAGCCCGGGGGGGGGGGGCACCCCCUUUUUUUUAGACCAAACUGAGGCCCGAACGGCCGAAAAACAUUUUUUGAGGAGAUGGCCCCCCCUCUUAUCUCAGGAUCUGGAUGAUCGCCCCCUCCCUCUCCUCCCCCCCCUUAUCUGAAGGUCUGGAUCCGCUACUGUUGUUCACACUAUCCCGAUAGCUUUUGCGUAUGCACAAAAGCCAUACGGAUAGAGCUUAUGUUCACACAUAAGAACGGUGAUUUCGGAGCGAUUUAUGUAACGUAGCAAAGGUGCGCCGUGCCGAUCUCUAAAGUGGAGAGUCACAUAUCAAAUGGUGUUCAUACGAUACCAGAAAGCUUAUCGAGUAGGCAUGAAAAGCUGUCCAGUACAGUCUGAACAUAGCUUAAAGCUAUAACUACCAAAGCUAACCAAAAAUAUCUGCAUAUGUCGAUUAAUUAUAUGAAGUCAUCGUAGGGGCUUGUUGCGUGGAGGCGAGGGACCCGAGGUAGGUGAGGUAGCCCGCUUAGGUAGGGUAACCCGCCUGUCCAUAUAAUCUCUCAUUUUAAUGUGAUCACGUUUACAUGAUAGGUGGGGUGACCAUAUGGGAGAUUAUAUGGACAGGCGGUUACCUCACCUACCUGGGGUACCCCACCUUGAUGUAAACAGGUCCUUAGAAAAAAAAACACAUAUGAAUGAAUCUUGUAUUGUCCCCGAAAGAGUGGUUUUGUCUAUUUUCUGUUCUUUUGCAGGUUGCCAAGAUGGCUACCAUACCUGUCACAUCUGGGCCGCAAAAGGAGACUGCACGAAGAACAAGGCUUGGAUGAUUAAAAACUGCCAAAGGAGCUGUCGUGUUUGCAGAGGUGUGUAAAAUUGUUUAGACACUAGUAGCAGAGGCGUGGCAACAGUUUUUUUAAAUUUUAUGAAAUAUGGUAUCACCUUUGCCUUGUUCCUACAAUCAGGGACAAAAUUAGUUGACACACUUGUUUAAAACGGGUGCUUUUCAGAAAAAUUUAAUUCAUUUAUUAUUUCAUUCUUUUUAAACGCCGUAAAUCCCCUCACCCCCCGAAUCAAUGUUGUCUGAAGUAAAAAACAGACUUGAGGGUCCAAAAUUCAACAUUGGUGUUGGGGGGAAGGGUUUGGGGUAGACAGGGGAAGGGGAUAAGUAUAUCCACUAUGCAAAAAGGGGCCAUUUUAUGGAAGUGUGUCAACACUUUUGUCCCUCAUUGUCUGAAUGCAAAAUUGUGCUACUGCACACAAGUUGAGCCGUGCAUGACACUGAUUUUAACUGAAAUUAAAGGAAACAAUGACAUAAUUAUGUUAUUGGUGGUGCGGGUGACAUUGACUUAUUCACGACCGAAUUAUAGGGCCAAUUCGAAUUACGUGAUGACGUAAUAGAAGGGCUGCGAUAUCCAGAAUUAACGUCGAUAUGGUUUAAAAGCUGAAAACUGACGCUGAUACUUGCGCACAUGUACAACUUUUGAUGAAUUUCAAGGGUAUGCGUACUCAAAAUAUUUUUAGUAAAGUGAAUAUUUCUCGUUCUUCACUUUAUCCGAUUGUUAAGGCAUAAAAGUAUAUCCACUAUGCAAAAAGGGGCCAUUUUAUGGAAGUGUGUCAACACUUUUGUCCCUCAUUGUAGUCUCAUUAAUCCGCGCGCGGCCUUUGCGUUUCGGCUCACGUUGUCCAAUGGGUCGCGCAUCAGGUAAAGGAAUCCAGGAUAGUUUGGAUUCUGGAUUCCACGGCGAUAGAUUCCGCAUUCUUUGUCAAUGGAACUUGUAUUCCCGAUUCCAAUCGUUAGCUGCAUUCCAAAAUCCUUGAGCUGUAUUCUGGAUUCCAGAGCCCAGGAUUUCGAAUUCCACGAGCACAGAUUUUCCGAGUUCUAUCAGUGCCAUUGAUAUCUUGUCUACUUUUCUUAGAGCUAAUAGACUAGAGAUUCUGGAUCGAAUAGCUACAUGAAUUCAUGUCAAUGAGUCUUAUAGUGAAGUUACACGGGACGAUUUGCAACGACGGUUUUUAGCGCGACACAGCGCUGCAACAUUGUUGCGACAUUGUUUCGAAUGGUUACAACAUUGUUCCAGCAUUGCAACGCUGUGUUGCGGUAAAAAUGGUCCCGUGUUACAUCACCUUUAAGCAACAACGACGGCGAUGGUUACGAAAACGACACUUAAAAAGUGAAUUCGCGCCGCCUCAAACUUUAUCGCGCUUAAUCCAUCUGAUCUGGUUUAAUUCGUCAAAUGUUGGUAAACUUCUUUGGAGUUGAAUUCUAAAGGAGUGUUUCAGAGUUUGGGAAAAGGAAGAGAAAAUUGUUGUUUUGUGUUCCCGCCCUCGACAAAACGUGAAACUAUGUAUUUUCACUUUGUAGUCGUGCAUAUGCAUGUGCAAAGUUGCUUUUUUUUGCCAGUCAAAACCUAUUGGUUCAUUGCCGUUCUCGUUGCCGUCGCCGUCGUCGCUGCUUAAGCUCCCUAGUGUACAGGGGAUGCAGAAUGCCGAUAUUACCCAUGGGGAUUACGGGACGUGAGAUGUGGGAUGCGGGAUUCUGGGUGCGGGAUGGGGUUUACGGGAUUGAAGGAACAUUUGGGUCGGAAUAUUAAUAACGGUAUUGAAGAACUCUAAGGGGAACCCUCGUACGAGGUUUAAUAUAAAGCAGACAUGUUGAAAAUGAAUUUGUCCUCAUAGGAACAACAACAGCUAAAACAACCCCACGGCCUCCAGUGAUCCCGAAACCUACAAUCCUUGGUCAGGCGUGUAGAGAUAGUAGUGGUAACUGCCCACACUGGGCCAAGACAGGCGAAUGCGACAAGAACCCUGACUGGAUGUUGGUUAACUGCAAGAAGAGUUGUAGCUCUAAAAUUAAAGAUUCUAAUCCAAGUUGUCCUGCUUGGGCCAAACUGGGAGAAUGCACUAAAAAUCCCAGCUGGAUGUUGCCAAACUGCAAGUUGAGCUGCAUGCGCGUUAAGUGCUAAGACAGAAUGAGGUGAGAUUAUAAUAUGAUUAUUCAUUAUUAUUCUAACUGUGCAUCAAGGGCGCCAGAAAAAAAGAAUUACUGUGAAGUUAAUGAAACUGAAAACAAAUAAGUUUCUAAAGCUAAUGAUCUCUAUCCUCACUAUGCUCCUCGAACCUCUUCCUCCACACCAUCGUCUUAAUCAUUAUGGUCAAUAUGAGCGUCGUCGUGCUUAGGGUAGCUGGGUGCCCCUCUUGUUUUAGUACAAAACUGUUGUGGUUGAAGAAGCAUCGAAAAUAGUUAAUUGCACUGCUCUUUAACGUUUCAUUCUCUGGGGUUAAAAGUGGUAUGCAGCUAACUUUUCCUGAAAGAAGAAAAAUGGUCUGUUAAUUGCGGGAGACUAAAGAUCUCGCAAUACUAAUCUCCAUGUUGCUAUUACACAUGCUAUUACACAUGCGCAGCACGUAUGUAGCCAGAAUUCAUUUUGACUUCCAUUUAGAAUGAAUGCAAUGCACAGAACGUAACCAGAUCGUGGGCAUUUAUGGACCGUCUAUUACUUGUAAUCUGAUCACCUGAAACUAAUAGAGCCUGUCUGUUCCAGGAUAGUGGGAACAGCGCAAAGAAAAGUAUGUAGGAAAAAGGCCGGGAGCGGGGGGGGGGUUGGUGGUGAGAGGAGUUCCCCUAUCAUCUUCCUUUCUUGUGCUUUUUCCCUCCUCUCUCCAUUUCGCGUCACUCGAUCUCCUCUAUCGUACUGGCGCCCAGAACAGGCUAAACUAAUACGCCAAGUACAGCUUUGAAGCAAGAGCGUCUGAAUCGAUCUUUCCCGCAAACCUAGCCUUUGUUUAUUACAAGUACAGUGUGUAGUAUGUUAAUUUCACAAUAAGAAAAUAUUCUUAUUUUUUGUAGGUAGAUUUACGAUCUUCAGGACAGAAGAAUUUGUCAGACAUAAAGCUGGG